AUGACAAAAUUUAUUACAUCAACAUUAUCAAAUAAAAUAAAAACAUUUUCAGAAAAAAAAGAAGAUAUUUUUCCUAUGUUAUUAGGUUGUUGUAUUCAAGCUUUAUCGAUUUUCAUUUCGAAACAAAUAGAAGAAACUAUUGAAGCUAUUUUAUUAUCAUUAAUUAAUUUACUUCAAUUAGAGAUUGCGACAACUCAGAUCAUCACCAUGGUUGUUUUUAUUGAAAUACUUAAUGUUCUUUAA